UUGGUGUUUGGCAAUCAACGGCACAGGUUCUAGAGACACGAAGUAGUUAUUAAAAUGAGUGCUGAAUUUAAAAAACAACCAAAAGGUUUUGCUACCAAGGCUAUUCAUGUGGGCCAGAAACCUGAACAAUGGAAAAGCAUGUGUGUAAUUCCACCAAUUUGUAUGAGCACAACAUAUAAACAAGAUGGUCCAGCAGAACAUAGAGGAUUUGAAUAUUCUCGAAGUGGAAAUCCUACACGGAAUGUACUAGAGCAAUGUUUAGCUUCAUUAGACAAUGCUAAAUUCGGAUUAACUUUUUCAUCUGGAUUGGGAGCUUCUACUGCAGUUCUUACAAUGCUUUCUUCUGGAGAUCAUAUAGUUGUUGGAGAUGAUGUAUAUGGUGGUACAAACCGCCUGAUCAGAUUAAGAAUCAAUUCUAUGUGUCUGAACACUAAAUUUUUAGUUUGGGUUGAAACACCGACAAAUCCAUUGACCAAAGUUUCUGAUAUAGAAGCUUUAAGCAAAAUAAUACAUGAAUCCGGAGACAUAAUUUUUGCUGUUGAUAACACAUUUUUAACUUCAUAUUUUCAACGACCAUUGGAGUUGGGUGCAGAUAUGGUAUGUUAUUCUUUAACAAAAUAUAUGAAUGGUCACACUGAUGUCGUUAUGGGUGCUGUUACUAUGAAUUCUGAAGAAUUAUAUGAACGUUUGAAGUUCCUCCAAAAUGCUGCUGGAAUUGUUCCGUCACCAUUUGAUUGUUAUCAAGUUAAUCGUUCUCUUAAGACACUUGCAAUUCGUAUGGAACAACAUCAAUCAAACGCAAUUGCAGUUGCAAAAUUUUUGGAAAGUCACAGUUUCGUAGAGAAGGUUUUACAUCCAGGUCUUCCCUCACACCCUCAUCAUCAAAUGGCAUUAAAGCAAACAUAUGGAUAUAGUGGAGUUUUUUCUUUUUAUCUCAAAGGAAAUUUAGAAAACUCAAAAGCAUUCCUAAAAGCUCUCAAAAUUUUCACUUUGGCUGAAAGUCUUGGAGGAUAUGAGAGUUUAGCUGAGUUGCCGUCUAUUAUGACGCAUGCGUCUGUACCUGCGGAAGAUAGAAAAAAGUUGGGUAUAACUGAUUCUUUAAUUCGGUUGUCAGUUGGACUGGAAGAUGCGGAUGAUUUAAUAGCUGAUGUUAAAAAUGCUUUAACAGUAGCAGAAAACAUUUAAUUUAAAUACGAAACAUGUUAAGAGACAAUAAAUAGUGUUUAACAGCGAUAUAUUAACACAAAAAAAGAAAAUAUUUUACAUUUAUUUUUUAUAAUAUUUAAACAGCCAGUAAUUUAAUUCCUAUUAAGUAAAAAGGGAGAAAACUUCCCAUUGGUUUUUAAGUCUUUAGAACUAAUUCUAAUUUAUUGUUUAGAUUUCAAGUUCGGCCCAACGAUAUAUAAAUUAAACAAGAUUUUAAAAGGCUCGAAUGUAACUGUUCAGCUUCACCAUAAUUUCCCAAGAUUUUAUGAAAAUAUAACAAAAUAUUUGCAAAUUUGAUAAGACGUA